CUGAAGUCGUGUGUCGUCUGGUCUUGGACUUAUUUCUGGACGGUGUGGUUCUUUGUUAUGCUGUUUUUGGUGUACAUUCUACGAGUGCCAUUUAGAUAUACCGACAGUCUGACUGCAGUUCCCAGCCCAGCCAUGUUCGGCACAGAGUCCUCGCUAAGCAUGUUCCUCAAUACUCUGACCCCCAAAUUUUACGUGGCACUGACGGGCACCUCGUCUUUGAUUUCGGGGCUGAUAUUGAUAUUUGAGUGGUGGUAUUUCAGGAAGUAUGGCACCUCCUUCAUUGAGCAGGUAUCAGUGAGCCACCUGCGCCCCCUAUUGGGAGGAGUCGACAACAGCUCUCCCAGCAAUUCCAACACCAGUAACGGAGAUGCAGAUUCCAACCGACAGAGUGUAUCAGAAUGUAAAGUAUGGCGAAAUCCGCUGAAUUUAUUUCGAGGGGCUGAAUAUAACCGGUACACGUGGGUGACUGGUCGGGAACCUCUCACGUAUUACGACAUGAAUCUGUCAGCGCAGGAUCACCAGACUUUCUUCACAUGUGACUCAGACCACCUCCGCCCUGCUGACGCCAUAAUGCAGAAAGCUUGGAGAGAGAGGAAUCCACAGGCACGGAUCUCUGCAGCACAUGAAGCACUGGAGCUGGAGGACUGUGCUACAGCAUACAUUCUGCUGGCUGAGGAGGAGGCCACCACCAUAGUGGAGGCAGAGAAACUUUUCAAACAGGCCCUGAAAGCAGGGGAGGCAUGUUACAGACGCAGCCAGCAGCUCCAGCACCACGGCUCACAGUACGAAGCCCAACACAGAAGGGACACUAAUGUAUUAGUUUACAUUAAGAGGAGACUUGCCAUGUGCUCACGAAAGCUGGGUAGGACACGGGAAGCAGUAAAGAUGAUGAGAGAUUUAAUGAAGGAGUUCCCUCUCCUCAGUAUGUUCAAUAUUCACGAGAACCUGCUGGAAUCUUUGCUAGAGCUGCAGAACUACGCAGACGUACAAGCAGUUCUAGCUAAGUACGACGAUAUUAGUUUACCUAAAUCUGCAACAAUAUGCUACACAGCAGCCCUUCUCAAAGCCAGAGCUGUAUCUGAUAAGUUCUCACCAGAGGCAGCGUCUCGACGAGGCCUGAGUACAGCAGAGAUGAAUGCGGUAGAAGCCAUACACAGAGCAGUGGAGUUCAACCCACAUGUACCCAAAUACCUCUUAGAGAUGAAAAGUUUGAUACUGCCCCCAGAGCACAUUCUGAAGCGAGGAGACAGUGAGGCCAUUGCUUAUGCCUUCUUUCACCUGCAGCACUGGAAGAGAGUGGAGGGAGCUCUCAACCUGCUGCACUGCACCUGGGAAGGCACUUUCAGAAUGAUCCCCUACCCUUUGGAAAAGGGCCAUCUCUUCUACCCAUACCCCAUCUGCACAGAGACGGCAGACAGAGAACUUCUACCAACAGUGUUUCACGAAGUCUCAGUCUACCCGAAGAAGGAGCUGCCAUUCUUCAUCCUCUUCACAGCUGGUCUCUGCUCUUUUACUGCCAUGCUGGCUCUACUCACACACCAGUUUCCAGAGCUCAUGGGAGUGUUCGCUAAAGCUUUUCUCAGCACCCUGUUUGCGCCUCUGAACUUCAUCAUGGAGAAGGUGGAGAGUAUUCUGCCCUCCAGUCUGUGGCAUCAGCUGCCGCGUAUCUGACCCUCCACCACAUGGACUGGACACAGUUACGUGCCAAGCUCUUGGGAAAUUACGGACAACAGCCAACAAGCUGGGAGAAAGCAGCAAGAGAAAGGGAAAAAAAAAUAAUAAUAAAACAUGAGUUAUGGUUUGGGUUUCGACUUAAUUUGUUCCGUUCCCAUUUUGUGUUUUUUUUUGUUUGUUUGUUUUGUUUU